CAAUGGCUCCGGUAGUGGAUGUGGAAAAUGGAUCAUUUCAAGCUCAUCCCGUCCAUUCAUACCCCGAUCAAGGGAGCCGCGUUCGUGUGCUGAAUUCAUGGUCAAAUGUUCGGACGUGGCGUGAAAAGGAAAACGACCCACUAGAGCUCGGUUCGCUAUCCGGAGGGGCCGGCAGACAGCAGUUGCGCUAGGCACCAUGAAGCAGCGAGCUUGGCCCGACACAGCCAAGAAAUCGCUCUUCAGGGAAGAAAUGCACACAGCAUCAGCAGAAGCAGCGCAUUCCGCCACAGAGACGGCUCAAUUCCGCCAUCUAAGACUGAUGGAGGCCCGACAUUAACUCGGACUGAAUGGCAAAGGGAACCGUGCCGCACUGGAAGGAGGUGGCCAUGACCUCGUUGACACACUGCCCUCCUUUGGAAGCUCCUUGUUAGAAGUCGGCAUCCCGGCUCGUGCCCGAAAAAUACAAAAGACAGAGACGGGCCCCCAUGCAGGCGCGCAAGAAAUAUGUUCUUCUGGGCUUGUGUACGUUCUGCUGGCUGCUUUUCUUUUACUUCGGUAGGGGAGUCCAGCUACCUGCACGUCUGCUCCGGAUGUUGACAGGCCAGCAUGAGGUGGCGCGACCCUGGCCCAACUGGACCGACCGGGCGUUCCUCCCCUGCUACGCCCACCUGAAUGAUCUCCAGACAGACCCAGGGACGUCGGAGUCGCCCCGGCAACGCCGACAAGCGUGGUCGGUUAUCUACAAGGACAGCCACUGCCGCAUGGAGACUUGCUUUGACUUUUCGCAGUGUCGGCGCCGAGGACUGGAAGGAUUCCGGGUGUACGUGUACCCCUCGGAGAAAAACGAACGGGUUUCCGAAAGCUAUAAAAAGAUCUUGACGUCGAUAGCGGAGUCACGCUACUAUACGUCGGAUCCGCGGGAAGCGUGUUUGUUCGUCCUAGGGAUUGACACUUUGGAUCGGGACCAGUUGUCAGGGCAGUUCGUGCCCAACGUGGACGAUCGGAUUCGGGGUUACCCUCUUUGGAAUGACGGGCGUAAUCACCUCAUUUUCAACCUUUAUUCAGGCACGUGGCCCAACUACACAGAGGACUUGGGAUUCAACAUCGGUCAAGCUAUCCUAGCAAGAGCUAGCCUCAAUACCGAACAUUACCGACCUGGUUUUGACAUCUCCAUCCCGCUCUUUUCAAAAGAACACCCACAAAAAGGCGGCGAACGAGGGUGGUUGGUCCGGAACACCACCCCGCCUCGGAGGAAGUACCUGCUCAUGUUCAAAGGGAAGCGUUAUCUGACUGGCAUCGGCUCUGAUACGAGAAACGCGCUUCAUCACAUUCACAACGGGAAGGACAUUGUGUCAUUGACAACGUGCCGACACGGGAAGGACUGGGAAAAACAUAAAGAUGCCCGGUGUGACCAUGACAACUUGGAGUAUGAGAGGUUUGACUACCAGGAGCUGCUCCACAACUCCACUUUCUGUCUGGUGCCUCGAGGUAGACGCCUAGGUUCCUUCCGCUUCCUUGAGUCCUUACAGGCGGCGUGUAUACCUGUGUUGCUAAGCAACGGUUGGGAGCUGCCAUUUUCUGACGUCAUACAAUGGAACCAGGCCGUCAUUGAAGGCGAUGAGAGACUACUAUUGCAGGUGCCGUCCACAGUGAGAGCCAUCGGAAAUGAGCGAGUUUUGGCUCUCAGACAGCGAACGCAGAUGUUGUGGGAUGCCUACUUUUCAUCCGUGGACAAAAUCGUCCUCACCACACUGGAGAUCAUUAAGGAUCGAGUAUUUUCUCACAUAUCAAGGAACAAAUACAUGUGGAACUCCCUGCCCGGGGGUCUACUCGUGCUGCCGGAGUAUUCCACUCAUCUUGCGCAUUUUCCUUUCUACUACCUGGGGUUAGGUAUCAGUCCAAAUCAGGAGUUUACCGCGGUAAUCCAUGCCGUCUCGCCAUUGGUGUCGCAGUCACAGCCAAUCAUGAAGUUGCUUCAGAUGGUGUCCAAGUCAAAGUAUUGCUCACAAAUCAUCAUCCUAUGGAACAGCGAGAAAGCGCCCCCCAGUCGCAGCAAAUGGCCUCCCAUGCCUGUCCCCCUCACCGUGACGGACGGCAAGCGAAAGACCACCAGUCGCUUCCUGCCUCACGUUGCUAUAGAAACCGAUGCGGUGCUCAGUCUGGAUGAAGACACGGUGCUGUUGACCAGCGAGGUGAACUUUGCUUUCCUGGUGUGGCGAAGCUUUCCCGAUCGGAUAGUGGGUUAUCCACCCCGCAGCCACUUUUGGGAUCCUUUAAAGCAAGCCUGGGGCUACACCUCCAAAUGGACCAAUGACUAUUCCAUAGUCCUGACUGGGGCUGCCUUCUACCACAGGUACUACCACUACCUGUUCUCGCACUACCUGCCGCAGUCUUUGAGAACACUGGUGGAUCAUUCGUCCAACUGCGAGGACAUCCUAAUGAACUUCCUGGUUUCGGCUGUCACCCACCUGCCGCCCAUCAAAGUGGCACAAAGGAAGCAAUACAAGGAGUUGCCCGGCCCACAGGUACAGAGAAUGGACAUACUCAUGCAGAGCACCAAGAACGUCCCUUGGGCCAACCCGGAGCAUUUCAACCAGCGCCAGGAGUGUGUCAACACCUUCGCCAGCUGGUUUGGCUACAUGCCUCUGGUCCACUCUCAAUUUCGUUUGGACCCCGUCCUCUUCAAGGAUCAAGUGUCGGUCUUCCGCAAGAAGUACAAAGACCUCGAGAGGGCGUGACAUUAAGUGCGACUUGAACACAAACCAUGAACUGUAAAACAAAUAAAAACAUUUGUAAAUGCAGACUUCUUGUUGCUGUGAAAUUAAAGUGCCCAAAGUUUUUAGAAAAACACUUUUAUUUCAUACAAAACAGUGAGGAAGACAAACUCAAUUACUGCCAUUGACGGCGAAUCCAUUUGAACUGGGCUCGAUCACCACCAGCUUAAACAUCAGUUCGUUAUCACCAUCAAUGGCAGCAAAGGAGUCGAGCAUACGUGUACAGUACAAAACACCUGAGAUGUACUGAACAUAGCUGCCGCACGCUGUGCUUUGUGGAAGGACGUCACACACAAAAAAAACCCCUUCAAACUCAUAACUUAUUUCACCCCCCCAAAAAAAAUAUUCAGCUGCCUUGACAAAGCUCAAUUGUUACGUAAAAAAAAAGAAUUUAACUUGAAACAUCAACAUAAAUGUCAUAAUAAAAUUACUUUGCUGCCAUCUUGUGGCAGCUUGGUGUCACAGAUUGGUGUAUAAAGCAAUCCAUUUCAACACAUUUUUGCUGCCCUUUUGUGGUAACUAUAGAUGACAAUAUUGAACACUUGGCCGGUCAGUUGAUCAGGACGGAUUAUUUCCUCAAGGUCAACAUGGCGUUGACGUUCCACAGCAGGUCCCUCAUCUGAUCCAUGAGAACCUUCAUCUCACGGUUCUUCUGACGGACUUUCUAAAAACAGACACUGAGCUUUAAUGUUUUAAAGAAUUACAACAGCUCUUUAUAACAAAACGCCAUAUCUAAAAGAUUGUUGAGUGGAUCAUUGCGUAAACGAUCGAUGUAUUGAUCCAGAACAAUGUAUCAAUGUAAUAAUACUAUGGACGAUAUUUGCCGAUAUUACGUCUAGCACAAUUCGAUCUGAUACAAGGACCGUAACAAAUAUACGAUAGACACCCCAAUUAAUUUAAGACUGCAAUAAAAGGCUCAUGAUAACGAUUAUCUCACAAUAUGGUGAUAUAACAUUAUUGGAAAUAAUUCUAAAGGAUUUUACGAUACAAAGAGUAAAGAAAAACCUUUCAUCCUUCUGCUGUGAAUUGAGUAUCACUAGUAGAUGUCUAAUUCGUUUGAACUGGGAGGGUAGCAUCGAAUGUUCAGUCACUGCCAUCCCUCCCCCCUCAAACGGAUUGGACGUCUUUGGCGGUCAAUGGCAACCAAUAUAGUGCUGCAACGAUUAAUCGAUUAACUCGAGUAUUCGAUUAGAAAUAAAAUAUUUGAAUUAAAUUUUGUUGCUUCGAGUAUUCGUUUUAUUUAAAGUGGCAUUGCAAUGGUUUGAGAGUGUUUACAUUUAGUUUUAUUUAUUAGGGUGGAUACACUGCCCUCUGGUCUGCCUCUUUCCACAUGGCUGAAUCCAACUGCUCCCUGUUAAGACCAACGUAAGCUAAGUUUUUGUUUGAGCUAAUGUUUUUUUUAAUGCAUUCACGAUUUAGUUUAUAGUAGGGCUGUCAAACGAUUAAAAUUUUUAAUCGAGUUAAUUACAGCUUAAAAAUUAAUCGUAAUUAAUCGCAAUUCAAACCAUCUAUAAAAUAUGCCAUAUUUUUCUGUAAAUUAUCGUUGGAAUGGAAAGAUAAGACACAAGAUGGAUAUAUACAUUCAACAUACGGUACAUAAGUGCUGUAUUUGUUUAUUAUAACAAUAAAUCAACAAGAUGGCAUUAAUAUUAUUAACAUUGUGUUAAAGCGAUCCAUGGAUAGAAAGACUUGUAGUUCUUAAAAGAUAAAUGUUAGUACAAGUUAUAGACAUUUUAUAUUAAAACUAGGGCUGUCAAACGAUUACAAUUUUUAAUCUAGUUAAUUACAGCUAAAAAAUUAAUCGCAAUUAAUCGCAAUUCAAACCAUCUCUAAAAUAUGCCAUAUUUUUCUGUAAAUUAUAUAUAUAUUCUGUAAAAUAAAUUGUUGGAAUGGAAAGAUAAGACACAAGAUGGAUAUAUACAGUGGGGAGAACAAGUAUUUGAUACACUGCCAAUG